GAUGUUUUCUAUCAUUGAACAAUUUAUUGGUUGUGUCUUACAUUGUCUUUUAUUUGACUAUCUUUGUGCAAUAAAUCUCCCAAAACAUUCACUUGUUGGUUUUGUUCUAUAGUCUAGAGGUUGAAAAAUGGGUAGGUCACCUUGUUGUGAGAAAGUUGGAUUGAAGAAAGGACCAUGGACUGCUGAGGAAGACCAAAAACUCAUAGCUUAUAUUGAAGAAUUUGGUCAUGGAAGCUGGCGUGCAUUGCCUGCAAAAGCUGGGCUUCAAAGAUGUGGAAAGAGCUGCAGACUAAGAUGGACUAACUACCUUCGACCAGACAUAAAAAGAGGAAAGUUUAGUUUGCAGGAAGAGCAAACUAUUAUUCAACUUCAUGCCCUUCUUGGAAACAGAUGGUCAGCAAUAGCAGCACAACUUCCAAGAAGAACAGACAAUGAAAUCAAGAACUACUGGAACACACACCUCAAGAAAAGACUAACAAGAAUGGGAAUAGACCCAACAACUCACAAACCAAAACAGGAUCAUUCACCUGGAAGUUCCACUUCUCAGUACACCAAAGACUCAGCUAACCUCAGUCACAUGGCUCAAUGGGAGAGUGCUCGUUUGGAAGCAGAAGCAAGACUUGUUAGAGAAACCAAUAAACUGAAAGUUCAAAGACAACUUGAGUUUGAAUCCUCCAAACCACAGCCACCUGCAAGACUUUUUCUUAACAAAAUCACUCCACUCAUUCAACCUUCACUUCCACCUUGUCUUGAUAUUCUCAAAGCAUGGCAAAGUUCAUGGUCCAAACCAACAACAAAAGAUGACUCAAACAAUAACAACAACAAAAUGCAUAGUAUGUAUGCUAUGAUGUUAUCCAAUGAUGAUCUUGAAUCUCCAACAUCCACUUUGAACUUUCCUGGAACAACCUUGCUUCCUUUACCUCUUUCUGUUCCUAUGACAAACAAUAAUAUUGAACCAUUCAAUCAAAGUUUACUUCCUUUAACCAACAGCACCAAUAAUGACGAUGAUGAUCAUGAUGAUGAUGAUGAGAUAUGGAAACAAUUCAAUUUAACUAAGCAUAACACAGAAGGUGGUCAUGGUCAUGAUAACAAUAACACCAUGUUGAACUUUCAGCAAGAUGAUGAUAUUAUGGCGGCUGUGGAAGCAUUUAGAGCAAGCGGUGGUUUUGAUAAUAAUAUUAACACCCCUCCUAUUUCAACAAAUGUUCUUCAAGUUCUUGAGGGUGGUAAUCAGGAAAAUUUGGAUGGAAGCAUGAUGUGUAACGUGAAUCUCGAGGAGAAUAAGCAUUAUUGGAAUAGCAUACUUGGUUUGGUUAAUGAAUCUGAUGAUAUGAACAGUAUCCUAUAACGAAGCUAUUGAUCAUAGGUAGAGCUAGCUAGCUAGCUAUAGUAGCUGUUUGGCUAUAGGGAGUACUUAAUUAGGAUAGUUCAAUGAGUUGAUAAUAAUGCAAUGUCGGCUUCAUUUGGACCAAAAAACACGUCUUAGUUGUUACCUUAGCUUCUUCUUUGUUGCUGUUUUAGGAAAGAAAAAAAUAAUGUUGUUUAAUUACUAGUAUUAAUGAUCAAUUUGAAUUGUUUAGUGAAAAAUGUAACAUGUAUCCUAUCAUAAAUUUUACAGAUUACUUAUAUA